GACACACACUCACAUUCACACACACACAUACUCCCAGUCCAAACCCCCAGAAAAGCCCUGCUGGAUCCUCACAUAGUCUGUCAGCAUGGGGAGCGCUUGUUUUUCCCGGGACGUUUGUUUGUUUAUCCUUCUCAUAAAUACUUGCAGGGUGAUGGGGAAUGUCGGACUCGCAGAUACAGAUGAAUGCGCGGAAGAUACAGAUGACUGCCACAUCGAUGCCCUCUGUCAGAACACGCCCAAGUCUUACAACUGCAUCUGCAAGCCAGGUUUUAAAGGAGAUGGCAAGCAGUGCGAGGAUAUGGACGAAUGCGAUAAUGACUACAAUGGGGGCUGUGUCCAUGAAUGCAUCAACAUACCAGGCAACUACAGGUGCACGUGCUACGAUGGAUUCAUGCUGGCCCAUGACGGACACAACUGUUUAGAUGUGGACGAGUGUCUGGACAACAACGGUGGUUGCCAACAAGUGUGUGUGAACACUAUGGGAAGCUACGAGUGUCAGUGCACAGAAGGCUUCUUCCUCAGUGACAACCAGCAUACCUGCAUCCACCGCUCCGAUGAUGGAAUGAACUGUAUGAACAAGGACCACGGCUGUGCUCACAUCUGCAGAGAGGCUCCAGUCAAAGGCGGAGUGUCAUGCGAGUGCCGUCCUGGCUUUGAGCUAGAUAUAGACCAGAAAGACUGCAUAUUGACAUGUAACUAUGGAAAUGGCGGUUGCCAGCACACAUGCGAUGACACAGACACAGGGCCAGUGUGUGGCUGCCACCAAAAGUACGCCCUGCACUCAGACAGCAAGACCUGCAUCGAGAAAGAUGAGGCUGCAAUUGAGAGCUCUGAGUUCAAUGCCACGUCAGUAGCUGAUGUGGACAAGCGAGUGAAACGGCGGCUACUUAUGGAGACCUGCGCCGUCAACAAUGGCGGCUGCGACAGGACAUGUAAGGACACGGCCACAGGGGUGCGCUGCAGCUGCCCUGUGGGAUUCACGCUGCAGCCUGACGGCAAAACCUGCAAAGAUAUCGAUGAAUGCCAGGAGAACAACGGAGGUUGUGAUCAUUUUUGCAGAAACACAGUGGGCUCCUUCGAGUGCAGCUGCCAAAAAGGCUUCAAACUUCUCACUGAUGAGCGGACAUGCGAAGAUAUUAAUGAGUGCUCCUUUGAGAGAGCCUGUGACCACACCUGCAUCAACUACUCAGGCAGCUAUGAGUGCCUCUGUAACAAAGGAUACAUCCUCUAUGGUCUCACUCACUGUGGCGAUAUUGAUGAGUGCAGCAUCAACAAUGGGAGCUGUGAGCACGGCUGCAUAAACACGCUGGGGAGCUACGAGUGUGUGUGUCCACCAGGACAGAAGCUCCACUGGAAUAAGAAAGAUUGCAUUGAGGCAGACAAGUGUCUUCCCAAUGGAAAGCCAGCACCCCGAGCCCAACUGACCUGCACCAAGAGCGGAGGGGUGGAGGUCUGCUCACUGUCGUGUCCCUCCAACGCUCUCUUUCUAGCAGACUCUGAGAACAGCUACACACUGAGUUGUGGAGUGCCUGUUCAGCAUGGUAAAGCCCCUCAGAAGAGGAAUGCCACCUCUGGUUUACCUACCUGUGCUGAUACGCUAGCGCCACCCAUCAAGCAGAAAGCCAAGUUUAAGAUCAAAGAUGCCAAGUGUCACUUGAAGCCCCGCAACAAGGAGAAACACAGAGAUUCAUCAAAACAGAAUGUUCAAGGAGGCCAGUUCCCAUGCACAGACAACUGUCAAGUAACUUUUGUCAACCUCAAGUGCGACUCAUCAAAGAAACGCCGCAGAGGUCGCAAAUCUCCUUCAAAAGAAGUUUCCCACAUCACUGCUGAGUUUGAGAUGGAGAUGAAGGAGGAGGAAGCCUCAGAUUCUUGUAACCUUGACUGCGUGCGGGAGCGGAUGAAGCAGAAGCUGCAGAAUGCUAUGCGAACACUCAGGAAGUCGAUCAACAAACAGCAGUUCUACAUCCAGUUUUCUGGAACAGAGUAUGAAGUGGCCCAGAAACCAUCCCGAAAUCCAGAGGGUGCUGAGACCUGCAGCACGGGACAAGUCCUGCGAGAUGGAAAUUGUGUGAGCUGUGGUGUGGGGACAUUUUACAGUGGGGAGCAGGAACAGUGUGUCCAGUGUCCUCCUGGAACAUACCAAGACACAGUGGGUCAGUUGUCCUGUGAGCCAUGUCCCAGUACUGACGGACAGGGCAUCGCUGGUGCUAAGAAUGUGUCUCAGUGUGGAGGUCUGUGCCCAGCAGGUCACUUUUCUGCUGAUGGGUUCCGCCCAUGCCAACCCUGUCCCAUGGGUUCCUAUCAGCCAGAACCAGGUCGGGUUCUGUGCUUCCCAUGUGGAGGAGGCCUCAUGACCAAGUACGAUGGAUCUGUCUCCUUCAGGGACUGUGAGGCUAAAGUGCACUGUGCUCCUGGACACUACUACAACUCCACCACCCACCGCUGUAUCCGCUGCCCAGCAGGGACUUAUCAAUCUGAGUUUGGGCAGAACUAUUGCAUCACCUGCCCAGGGAACACCACAACUGACUUUGAUGGUGCCACCAAUGUUUCCCACUGCAAAAACCAGCAGUGUGGAGGUGAACUGGGAGAGUACACUGGCUACAUUGAGUCUCCUAACUACCCUGGAGAUUACCCUUCAAAUGUAGACUGUGUCUGGACCAUAAACCCACCACACAAGAGGAGAAUCCUCAUUGUGGUUCCAGAGAUCUUCCUCCCGAUCGAAGACGAAUGUGGAGAUGUGCUGGUCAUGAGAAAGAGCGCUCUGCCCACCUCCAUCACAACCUACGAGACAUGUCAGACCUAUGAGCGACCCAUUGCUUUCACCUCUCGCUCUCGCAAGCUUUGGAUCCAAUUCAAAUCCAAUGAGGGCAACAGUGGCAAAGGCUUCCAAGUUCCUUAUGUCACCUAUGAUGAGGACUACCAGCAGCUGAUAGAGGACAUAGUGCGAGAUGGUAGGCUUUACGCCUCUGAAAACCACCAGGAGAUACUGAAGGACAAGAAUCUGAUAAAAGCCCUGUUUGACGUACUCGCCCAUCCCCAGAACUACUUCAAAUACACAGCAGCGGAGUCCAAAGAGAUGUUUCCUCGCUCCUUCAUCAAGUUGCUGCGCUCCAAAGUAACCAGGUUCCUACGACCAUACAAAUAGAUCGGCUGUCUACACUGACCUGUUAAAGACCCUCGUCAUCCUUCGUCAUUCCAGAUUCAGCAACCUAAAUGUAACCCUAGGGCCCUUAUCUGUUUCUCCCCCCUAUAUAGUGACUCACCCUUUCUGUGGCUAAAAAUCUUCAUGUUCUGUAUUUGUCCUCAGUCAAGCUCGUCACAUGAUGCCUUCAACAUCUUUGACCCCUUCAACUUCAAGAUACAUGCUAUACAACCCUUUGAGUGAUUGUAGCUUUACAAAUGCAAGGUUUGACCGAUAUAGGUUUUUGAAGGCCAACAUCACUAUAUUUUAAUGCAGAAAUUCCCAUUAGUAUUUAAAUUUCCACUCUCUUUAUCUUAAAGAUUGUUGUCCCCUUUAGUAUAUCACUGCUUACCCUAUUUCAAAUGAUGCACUGUGGAUUUUAAAGCACAUAACUAAUUGUUAUUGCAAAAUGUUUUGUGAAGAUUAGCUUUUUAACUGACUCCACUGUAAAGAAAAAACAUAUGGCCACCAUGUGAUUGUCUCGGUCUUAGAUAACAAUUAGAAGUUUGGAAACAAGGGAAACUGCGAAGCUAGCAUUAUUGUAAGCUAACAAAAACUUGAUUCCAUUUAUGUGAGUGUUUGGUCCAUAUAUAUGGAUUAUGGACCAAAUACAUAUAUGGAUUUGCCCAUGCCUGAGCGUUCAAUAUAAGGAAAUAUGUUUAGAAUCAACUUCACUGCAGCAUAAGGAAAACUGCUAACAGUAUCUCCCAGGUGGUAGACGUUUGCCUGUCUAGUUUAAUGGCAUUACUGUGACAGACAACAAAGGUUUAAAGAGGUUAGGCUUCCCAGUGGUAAUUUUUUAUGUAAGGCUGUUAAACGAUGUUUGAUGCAUCCACCACAUAUGUUACACAAGUUCCCAUUCACAAAUGCUAGGGUUAGCUACAUUCAUUUGUGACAUUUUCACUUGUGUAAACUGUUGCAUUCAGUUUGAUUUUUAAGCUAGCUGCCUGAUCAAACUUCUUGGCACAAUAGGAAUCAAUAGACUUUGGAUAACUUGUAUGCGAACACAUACGUAUGAGGAAAUAUGAGGUAAAAUAUUAUAGAUUUACAGUUUAUUCUUAUUUACCUUUGGUAUGUAAGUGGUUUCCCCUAUUUCCAGUUUUUGUGUAAUACUUAGCUAAGUUGCUGCAUGUUGAUAUUUAACAGUCAGAAAUGAGUGCAGCAUAAAUCACCUCAUCAAUAUUCAAAUAAAAUGUUUACAUCUAAAAAUGUAGUUCAGGUUAUGAGGCUAGUAACAGCAAACCAGUAUUGGUCAAACCUUGUUCCUGCUCGCUGUGUACUCUGUGUUUAGUUUUUGUUUUGUUCUUUUCUCCCAUUUCUGCACUCUACCUCCCAUUUGCUCUGCCUUUUUUUCAUUUUAUUUUGCUCUGCUUUGCUCUCUUUGUUGUGUUAUUGUGUAAUAUUUAUACUAAACAAGUCAGAACUUGCAGAGGCCCAUAUCACAGAUGUUUUAUAGCUAUAAUGUACAAACAUUUGCAUACUCAGCUGUAGAUGUGAAAAAGACUAAUUGGCCCACAAAGAGUACACGGUUUUUAUCAUAAACUGUAUUUCUUCACUGGCCUGAUGUGCACAAGUGAGAGAUGAAAUACAGUUGGUGCACACAUAUUUUAACAUGGAAGAAUAAUUGAAAGAAAAGUUCAAUUGUGUACAUCUACACCAUUUCACCUCAGUCAGUGCUUUGUCCAUUUGGAGCACAAGGAAAGAUUACAUGGGCUGAAUCACAAAGUCUAUAUUGUAAUUUUUUUUAAUAGAAAAAAAAAUAUAUUAUAAUAAGAUGAGAGAAACUACCUGCAAGUAACAAACUGUUACUUUAGAGAGAAAUGUAUGUGAUUUAACUGAUAUUUGGAACAUUAAUUGCACUUGAAUUUUAUAUUUUGAACUGUUGGGGAAAAAAGAUCUAAGUUUUGUUUUUGUUACCUUUUCUUGUGUUGUUCUUAAAAUGUGCCACAUGUGGUGGUGAAAAGAGAGCUAGAUAGCUGUGUCUCCUGUUAUUAAUCCCUCUCUUUUAGUUCACAGUAACCCCAAAGUCUCUCGGCUACAGUAACGUCAACCUUAACCAAAGACUACAUGUUCAAUUAAGGCGCACAGAGAAAAAAAGAGUUACCCUUGGAUAAGUCUGUCUUACCACCACCACAACAGUUUUGUGUGCAUUUUCACUGCCCAGUCCUGCUCCAUCCUUAAAGCAUGUUUUAUAGCUGCCAGAGAGAAGAAGCAUAAUGUCUCCAUAUUGGCUUCUUGUAUGAUGGCAUUACAUACAUACAACAGCAUAUACAAGUUUCUUGACUCACCCAGAUGCACUUUUUUCCCAUUAAAUAGGAAGUAUACUGUGUAGACUUUGCUUUUCUUUUAUAAUCUAACUAAAUAUUUCUGUGUCAUUCCCGCUGAUACUAAUAUGCCAAUAAAAUCCCAUACCAUGUAUUGAAAAUAGACUAUAUCUGCACAAUGUGACUGGAAAUGUAAAAUGUGUACUGUGCGGCUGGAGUGUUGGUCAGAAGGUGAAUGUAGCGACAGGGAUGUUAUCAUUAGAGGCAUAUCCUAUUUGUGUGUCUGUAGCAGUUUCAACCUGUUUCAACCAAGUCCAAAAUACAUAUGUAAUGGCCCUUUAUUGGUGUUCAAGCUUCUUUCAAAACAAAUCUGUCAGGUGUGAAAAAGAGCUUCUUGUCUCUGUGCUGGACACAAGGAAGAUAAGCAAAUGUUAUGACAACAAGGGCUCAUCAGGGCUCAAGGAUAUUAGAUUUAAUAACCACCCUGGAUGUUUUGUAUGUUUUUGCCUUCAAAAGAAUUUUUUUGCUGAACAUUUUUCAAAGCAAAGGUUUUUCAAAUUUCCUACCUUCCAAGGAGCCAUUUGUUUAUCAGAUUUAAAAAAUUAAUUUGUCUUUUGCAGUAACUUUAAUCCAUUUAACUUUCUUAGAAUCAGUGCUGCAGUUGUAUGGUGUGUCAUUUGUAAAUGGAUUGUUUUCAAAAUGAUAUGAUAUGAUUUAUGUCUGCAAAUUACCAGUUGGAGUAGUAUAAAGGCUGCACUAACAGUGGAAUUAACCAUUUAUUUCAAUUAAGGGGUGCACAAUAUAAUAAAAAAAAUAUUGUUAAAAUAUUAGCAUUCACAAUAUAAUUAUUACAAAAACACAUUGACCUGGAUUAGGACAAGCACCAGUGCAUUCAGCAUUAGAGCAUGCUUUACAACUAAUCUAGCAUGAACAGGGGGAUAAAUGCAAUGCAGCUCUUGUUGAAACACCUGAAAUAUUAUCACAUUAAGUAUAUUUGUUAAAAAAUUGCAAGUCAUGUCGUUUUUGCAGUAUUUAGCAAUGGUAUUCUAUAUCACAGUUUUGCUAAUAUCAUGCAGAUCUUUUUCAAAGCAUUUUGGAGGUAACCCUCCUGCAGAGCUUGGGAUUAACAGAAUUUGAACCAAAAGAGAACAAACAACAAAGUAACAAAGUACUAAAUGUUUGGGAUACCAGUCAAACAGAAUAACUAAGACUCAGAGUGGCUCCAGCUUUAGCACAUGAAAUUUGUUGGACUAAAAUUGUGAAAAAUAUUUUCCCAGCAAAAUUCAAUAUCUAUCUUGGCUUAGCAUGAUUGUCUUUGGAAGUAUCAAAUGAAACAUUCUCACUGCUUCCCAUUCUGUAGGCCUGUUCGAGGGUUGGGGUUUUUUAUUCAGUGAAAGUUCAUUAAACAAAUGUGUAACAGAAAUCUUCAGAUCCAACUAUUUAAGUUCUGUUUUAUGAUGAGCGAGCAUCUUUACCUCCGGUCAUUGAGUUUCCAUGUCCUGCAGGUUUUAAAUGUUUCCUUGUUUCCCUGUUUUGGUCCCCAAGGACAAAAUUUUGAGAUCCUUGAUGAUGAGAAUCAUGUGGAGUAAGCAAAAGCCACCAGAUAAUUUAGCGUGGCACAUUUUCUUAUUGUUUACAUUCCCUUCACCUAGCAGUUAACUCUCAGGUCCCUACAAUGAGUGAUAAUCUGUUGGGGUGUCUUUGGUUCAGGUAGUAGAGGUGUGUUCGCCAAUCAGAAUGUCAGUGUUUUCAUCCCUGGCUUCCACACUUUGAAACGUCAUUGGGUGAGAUAUUGAACCCCACACUGCCCCAAUGCAUUCAUUUCUAUGAUAAAAAAAACACUGUUAGAAAGUGUUAACGUAGCAUUCACAGUGAAAACUGUCAUCUAAAUGCAGCCCAUUUUCCAUCUUCUGUACAAUGUGGAAACAAUCUAUAGCAUUUAAAGCUGUGAUGUUACUCUUCUUGAGGUAUGAACUCCACAGUUGUGUACCUGACUGGGCUGUUUCAAGUACCACACAACCCAAAUUCCCCAUGAAUUCCUAAAUUUAAUUACUGUUUGUUUUCUGAGUUCCAAGAACACCAUUACACGGGAUAUAAAAACAAGAGUAAUGGAUUUUUCAGCAAGUUGCUUUGCAUGGUGCACUGAAAUUAAGCCAAUGGCUAGAAGGUAGGAAAUCAAUCAAAAAGCUUAUGCUUUGGAAAACAGUCUGUGGUCAUGUGAAAUAUUUAAAGUUAAUGGGUUGAAGCAGGGAAAACUACAAGGAUGGUCCUGCAUUGCAAAGAGCUGGGUCUUACUGCUCUUUUGUUUUUACUUUAAUUCCAAAUAUAAGGUAUCAAGUAUUUCAGAACAGAAGAAAGAGGCAUAUCUGUACAGAAAUUGGUUGUUGGUUAACCCUCUGAGAGAUUAAACUUUUUAAACACAAUCUAAAUGUCAGUGCUUGUUUUCAGUAUAUUAUAAUAUCAUUUCCAUAAAUAAGGUCAUAUUGUUGUUGGUUAUUGUUUCAGAUCAUGCCAAAUAGCUGCCACACAGACAUGUUGUGGUAUGACCUGAUUCCUAUUUGAGAAUGGGCACAGUUUAAUAUGAGUGUUGUGAAAAAAAAAUGAUACGAACUGCUCUAAAAUUGAAAAUUGACUCCUUUUAACCCCUGAGAAUGUAUUCUGUGGUCAGUGGAUGUGUCCAUGUGGUGUGGAUGGGAGUGAAUGUGUGCAGACAGUGUGAUUGUGUGUGUGAGAGUUUUUGUGUUUGAUGCCUGUAAUGGAGAAAAAAAAAAAAACUAUGUAUGUGUGUACUUCAGUCCAUUUUGUAGAGGAAUAAUUUUAACUUUGUGAUAGUCGGG